UUCCCAUCAACGCCUUGGACGGCGAUACUGUUGUUUACAGUAGUACAUUACGAAGUCAAAGCCCAACCAUCACCUUCAAUAGGAGCAAUCUUGUAUAUUUUGGUCUCGUCUGUGGGGAUCGGGUGGAUUGUUCAGAUGAUGAACUAGAUUUUCUCUUCUCUUCAUUUCUACUGCCGGAUCAUCACCUGCUCGUGCUCCUUUCCCUCAAAUCGAUUUCAGCAUGGCGGCGUGCAGCUCUAUCCAAGAAGUCUCCUCGGGAAAGCCCCUUUUCAUGGCAGUCUACGUGACAGUGUUCGUUGGAAUCCUCUUCUCCACCCUGUUCAUUGUCUCCUCCCUUUACUCAUCUUCCAACGGCGACAGCAACAAAUCGCUAUACUUCGUUGGCUCAUGGCUCUCCCCCUCAUCUUCCCACCCUCGAUCUCCAGAGGUAAACGUCACCGUCUUUCAUAACCAAUCUAGCAGUGCUAAUAAUUCUACCAAUGCUGCUGGAGAAAACUUCCUGAGUAGAGCUAUAUGGGAUCUGCCUUCUCCAGAUUCGACGAUUCCGGACCUAGCGUCCUUCAAGCUAACCAGGGAGAUGGUGGGAUAUCGCGCCAAAGAUAAUGUCAUAAUUGUAACCUUUGGGAACUAUGCUUUCAUGGACUUUAUUUUGAAUUGGGUCAGGCAUUUGACAGAUCUUAAUGUCUUCAACCUUCUUGUAGGUGCAAUGGAUACCAAGCUGUUGAUGGGUUUGUAUUGGAAAGGUGUUCCUGUUUUUGACAUGGGCAGUAAUAUGAAUACAAUUGAUGUUGGUUGGGGGUCACCAACAUUUCAUAAAAUGGGAAGAGAGAAGGUUUUCUUGAUAAACGCACUUCUACCUUUUGGCUACGAGUUGCUGGUGUGUGAUACUGAUAUGGUUUGGUUGAAGAAUCCACUUCCAUAUCUUGCCCGUUUCCCUGAAGCAGAUCUCUUUACUUCAAGUGAUCAAGUUAUACCUACAGUUACUGAUGACAGCCUAGAAGUAUGGCAACAAGUCAGUGGUGCUUACAAUAUUGGAAUAUUCCACUGGCGUCCAACUGAUUCUUCAAAAAAGCUAGCCAAAGAGUGGAAAGAACUUCUUAUAGCCAAUGAGAAGCUAUGGGACCAGAGUGGAUUUAAUGAUCUUGUUCACAGAGUUUUGGGCCCAUCUGUUGAAGGUGAAAAUGGCCUUGUUUUUGCCUAUGACGGAAGUCUCAAAUUAGCAAUUUUGGCAGCAAGCAUUUUUUGCAGUGGGCAUACAUACUUUGUCCAAUCGAUGUAUCAGCAGCUCAGAUUGGAGCCUUAUGCAGUGCAUACUACUUUUCAGUAUGCUGGAACUGAAGGAAAGCGUCAUAGAUUACGUGAGGCCAUGCUUUUCCAUGAUGAGCCAAGCUAUUAUGAUUCCCCAGGCGGUUUCUUGUCUUUUAAACCAAAUAUUCCGAAGGCUUUGUUAUUAGAUGGUGCACAUACACUUGAAUCUCAUUUCUCGUUAGUUAAUUACCAGCUUAAGCAAAUAAGGACUGCCCUUGCAAUAGCAUCACUGGUAAAUCGAACUCUGGUAAUGCCUCCAAUAUGGUGCAGGUUAGACAGAAUGUGGUUUGGUCAUCCUGGAAUAAUGGAAGGAACUUUAACAAGACAACCUUUUCUCUGUCCAAUGGACCAUGUAUUUGAGGUGAAUAUUAUGCUGAGAGAUCAAUCUUUUGAAGAAUUUGGACCAACAAUUGAUUUCAGGGAAUAUUCCUUCCUCCAAAACCCAAGGCUUCCGAAACAGGUGAAGGAGUCCUUUCUUGAGGUUCAGCUCUGUGAGCAAAAAUUACCGAAGUGUCACGCAACCAAUCGUACCGAACGACAGGGAUUCAUCAAAUUGCCAAAGCAUAGUACCCAAGAAAUGAUAAUACAGCUGUUUUCGAUGCACAAGGAUGUCAGAGUGAUAGAAUUUUCAUCUAUGAUGGACGUCUUCGGAGGGUUUGAUAACGCGGUGGCCGAGACAAGGUUCCGAAAUCGUGUCCAGGGCUAUGUAGGAAUAUGGUGCUGCGUGAUGAAUAAAGAUCCAGGUCAUAUAUUUUAUGACAUGUACUGGGAUGAGAAACCUGAUUGGAAACCAGUUCCAGGUUUGAGAAGUUGAACUUUUACCUAAGUUGCUGAUUAAAUUUUAUUUAGCCCAUGCAUAGAGAAAAUGGCAAUGAUAUCGGCAAUCACACAAGCAUCUCGAUAUUCUCUUGUAUCCGGAUUGGCAAGAAAGCUUGCAUCUUUCGAAGGCAUUCGCUCUUAUUUGUAGCCAAAUUUUGUAACGUGUUUUUGUUGUUCCAAUUAUUCUUCUUCUUCUUCUUAUUAUUA